AUGUUUGUUUCAGAUGAAGAGCUCAUAAUCAAGCCAGAAUCGAACGAAGAUGAGACAAGCGAUGAGAUGUCGCUGGAGGAGCGGGCAGUCAAGUCGGAGUCGUCGGACGCGGCGAGUGACGAGGACUGUGUGUCGGUGUCUUCGGACGGCAGCGCCGCCCGCGCCGUUCGGACGGCAGCGCCGCCCGCGCGCACCACGGAACAGCUCGCGAUGGCUUGUUCCGUGGUGCUCGAGCGCCUCCGCGACGACGCUGAAAAGACGCACGAACGGAGCCACCAGAGAAUGCUCACUGAAAAACAGCUUUACGAAUGUAGUCAUUGCGACUACAAGUGCAGUAGUUCUAAUUUACGAAGACACGAACGGACACAUACUGGCGAGAAGCGUUUUACGUGCAGCUAUUGUAAUAGUAAAUUCAGUCGUAAAUCAAGCUUACGAGUUCACCUGAUGAUACAUACUGGAGCCAAGCCAUUCAAAUGUAGCGAUUGCGACUACAGGUGCAGGACGAAAGCAAACUUGUUAGAACACCAGAACAUACACACUGGAGAGAAGCCGUACACAUGCAGUCAAUGCGACUACAAGAGCAGGGCUCGUUCAACCUUACGAAUACACAAAAUGACACAUACUGAAGAGAAGCUUUUAAAAUGUGGCUACUGUGAUUACAAAUUCAGUCAGAAAUCAGACUUCCAAAAACACAUAAUUAUACAUACUGGGGCAAAGCCAUUUCAAUGUAGCAACUGCGACUUCAAGAGCAAUUGGAAAGGAAACUUACGAGUUCACCAAAGAAUACACACAGGUGAAAAGCCGUACAAAUGUAGUCAUUGUGACUACAAGUGCAGUGAUAAGACAAGCUUACGUUAUCACGUAAUGACACAUACUGGCAAGAAGCCUUUUCAGUGUAAGCACUGUGAUUACAAAUGCAAAAAGAAAUCACAUUUACAAAAACACAUAAUGAUACACACUGGAGAAAAGCCUUACACAUGUAGUCAUUGCGACUACAAGUGCAGAGAUAGGUCAAGCUUACAAAAUCACGAAAGGACACAUAAUGGCAGGAAGCCUUAUCAGUGUAGCCACUGUGAUUACAAAUUCAAACAGAAAUCACAAUUAAAUAAACACCAGAUGAUACACACUGGAGAAAAGCCUUACACAUGUAGUCAUUGCGACUACAAGUGCAGAGAUAGGUCAAGCUUACGAUAUCAUGAAAUGACACAUACUGGCAAGAUGCCUUUUCAGUGUAGCCACUGUGAUUACAAAUGCAGCCUGAAAUCAGGCUUACAACGUCACAUAAGAAUACACACAGGAGAAAAGCCGUACAAAUGUAGUCAUUGCGACUACAAGUGCCGUUAUAGGACAAGCUUACGUUAUCAUGAAAGGACACAUACUGGCGAGAAGCCUUUUCAGUGUAGCCUAUGUGAUUACAAGUGCACUCAAAGUUCACAUUUAAAAAGUCACCAGAGGACGCACAAAUGUAAGUAGUGAUCGUGAUUACAAUGUGGUGAUAAACAAUUUAUG